AUGUCGAAACCAACAACUCCCGGAGAUCAACCAAAAGUCGAAGAAUUGGAUUUUUAUCAACUGCUUGGUGUAGAAAAAUCGGCUUCCGAAGCUGAAAUCAAGACAGCCUACCGUAAAUUGGCUCUGAAAUACCAUCCGGAUCGUAAUCCAAAUGACACACACGCCCAAGAGGAAUUCAAAAAAGUCUCGAUUGCCUACUCGGUCCUCUCCGAUCCCAACAAACGACGACAGUACGACGUGAGCGGUCCGUCGGAGAAUCAGCUCGAUUUCGAAGGAUUCGAUGUGUCUGAAAUGGGCGGAGUCGGACGAGUGUUCGGGGCACUUUUCAGCAAACUUGGAGUGCCGAUACCGACGCAGAUUGUGCCGAAAGUGUUGGCGCAGGCACGGCAAAUCUGUCUCGGACAGGAGUGUGAUGUUCAUGCGAAAGUGUUGGCGCCUGGGGAGACUGUGACGUCGUCUGUUGGAAAGCAGCACGCACACUUCUAUGAGAUCGAUAUGCUCGAAGACUUCCGUAAAAACGGAGUGGCGAUAAUCUGCAAAAGUUCGUCGUCCAAAUUCAAAUUGGUCCUUUUCGAUAAAGAAGGAGGCGUCCGAAUGAUACAAGAAUCUGGAAAACGUGGAAAAGCUGGAACACAAGCGGACAUGUUCUUCGUGCCGUACACUGUGGCAAAUAUUCAGGAAUUCAAUCCGAUGAAAUAUCAUUUGGAGGAUAAGGAGACACCGAUAGCAUUCCACUAUUUGGAUUCAUUCGAAAUGCAAACGGCGACACUUUUGGAGACCCGGAAGCAUUAUAUCGCAGUGUACGGAGAUAAUUGGAUAAGUGACGUCAAGUACUCCAUCACGUUCUUGCCAGUGUCUUCUGGAGCCACGGAGCAACUUGUGGAGAUUCAGAAUACGGAGAAGUCGAUUUCGAUUAUCAAGAAAGAGAUGUUGGAUUUCCAGAGAGAGUUCACUGAGGCCAAGAGGAAAUAUGAUGAGGCGGUGGCGAAGUUGAAGGUUCAAGACGAGACGAUUCUGAAGGCACUCGGCACACGUGAAGAUCUCUACAAUGACGUUGUCCGGCAAUCCCUGGAACCAUACAAUAAGAAGGUUUCACCCUCGAAAACUUCUGGAGGAUUCCUUGGAGGAUGGUUCAAAUAA